GGUAAAUACUUGAUGUUCACCAUGGUGCUGGUCACUUUCUCUAUUGUGACCACCGUCUGUAACCUCAAUGUGCAUCACCGCUCCCCAUCAACCCACCACAUGCCAGAGUGGGUCAAACAUUUCUUCUUAAUCCGCCUCCCCGACAUCCUCUUCAUGAGGCGUCCAGGCUCUGCCAACAAAUUUGAUAAACUUCGCAAGAAGUACGCCACCAACCAGACUACCGUCGGGAAAACCAAUUCCCAAAGCAGCACAGGCAAGAGGCAGUAUUCCAACGUCAGACUUGGAGGGGUUCGAACAGAUGCCGACUCUUUCUACGUGAAUGAGGACUUGGCAAACAAGUUUUGCUGGAAGGUGGAGGACGUCCCAGAUGGGGGUAGUGGGUUUUCAGACUUCCAGAAGCCCUUGGCUUCUCAGUGGGAUGCAGAUGUGGAGGAGGCAGUGGAUGGAGUGAGAUACAUCGCCGAACACAUGAGGACAGAAGACGACGAUGACAGGACAUACAAGACGGGAGUAACGUAGCCAUGGUGAUGACC